AUGGAGAAAAGACAACACAAUCAAAAGAAAUCGACAAGCGGUCGCAGAAGGAGGUAAAUAAUGUCGAUUUAGAAAAUUUCCUCAGCGACGAGAAGUAAUUAUAACCAGGGAAGUGAACUGAACCUAGUGAAAUUUCUUGUCGAAUUAUAUAUGUAUCAAAGACAUAUAAAGACUGAUUUCCAUGGAAAUAACAUACUUAUAAAAAUAAUUAUAUAAAUAUAUAACAUUAUAUAAAUAGUUGUAGUUUCUUAAAUCUGAUAACUAAAUAUAUUUAGUUAUAAUAAUUAAAUGUAGCCGACGAGUUCUGGUUAAUAUUUAAAAGAGAAAACUUAUCUGCUCUGAUUGACAUACAGUUUCUUAGUUUUCUUAGGAAAUCAGAAAAAAAUUCAUCAUUAGUUUGCAGUGAACUAUGCCACUGUAGUCGUUUUUUAAUACAAGAAAUACAAUUCACUGAAUCAUUGUUGAAAACUGAUGAGUGUCACGCCAUUAAAUACUGUCUAAAAAGAAUAAACCGCUUUUCCAAUUUUUUUAAAAAAAUAAGGAUAUAACUAGAAGAUAUAAAGAUGAGCGAAUUCUCCCAAGAUUUGUGUGUUUGUAGCUUUUAAUUCCAGCUUCAUUCGGAGAAAUCUUUCACCCUAACUUAUAGAGUUAAAGAGACACCUGAACUGUCGGUGUCCCUCGUCAUCAAUAUGCAAUAAUUCAUUUCACGUCACGCAAGCUUGAAGUUAAUGUAAAUCGCAAGAUAAAGCGGAUCCGCGUCUGUUUGGCUACCUGAGCUUGCAAGAUGGACCCAUCUUGCCGGCUCGCUCGCGAUUUUUUAUGGUCAGUGACGCAUAUACCGUAAACUUAGGCUUACAAGCCCGUCACGUGGGGGAGGGGGGGCGUCACGUGGGGGGGGGGGUACUUGGGUUAAUUGCUGGGUAUGUGCCGCUGGUCUGACAGAGCCCCUACCCCAUUAAAGUCUACCUUAAGGUAUUCUGUGACCAAUUAUAGACCCCAUCUUAGUCACUUUUGGGCAAAUAUGUAAUUUUCGCGAUCCCAACCCGAGUCACUUUCUAUUUUUGUAUUUACCUUAUCAAUCCUUUAAAUAGGCAUCCUAAUAUGAAUUGACCCAUUUUUUAAAUAAAUUGAAUGAAGAACACUUUACUUUUCACCUACAGUACAAAUAUUCUGAUACGUUUGUUAACCGUAAAUAUGAACAACUUUCUUACCCCAAAAAUCCGAAAAUGUGGGACCCCAUUCUAGUAACUCUACUGAAAAUGCGACCCCAUUAUAGUCAAUCCAGUCGUGAAAAUGCGACCCCAUUCAGCGGCACAUCCCCAUUAGCCUCUUAUAAGGAAGUACCCCCGGGGUUAUAGGCCUCUCCCGGCCGGAUGUAAGUCUCUAAGUGUAAGUGACUUGCGACGUGAUUUGCGUUACAUGUUUGUAACUUUCCUUUUUAUCUUGGAUUAUUAGUUUUUGAACUUGGAACAAUCUUUGCCUGAACUUGGCUGAAAUUUUAGGUACUGACAGAAUUGUCUGUACUUUUUCCCCCUCCACAAAUUCCCUGACAAAUGCAGGACUACUUACGAUGAUCUGAAAAGUAACGUUGAUGAACAAGUUGGCGAACAAUUUGUCCCUGUUCCCAAGCAUCUGAUUGGAAGAGUAAUCGGCAAGAAAGGCAGCACGAUUAAACAAAUCAGAAUGCAGUCAGGGGCAAGGAUAACAACUCAAGAUCGAGCUGACGCAGGGCAGCAUGUUGGAUUUAUGGUCUACGGCACUCAAGAACAAAUAAAUUGCGCAGUGAAGCUUAUAAAUGAACAACUGGUAAGAGUUUAGGUACAUCUGUAGGACUUGGCACAGGUCUUUCCCCUCUUCUUGCCUUCAUUCCAAGUCGCCCUUCUAAGGAAAUCUGGAAUUCCGGAACCCGGGAAAUUUUUGCUUGUGGAACCUGCAAUCCUGGGCUUUGCUAUUCGGAAUACGGAAUAGAGCUCUAGGGAUCCGGAAUCGCACUAACGAUUGGAAUCCUGAAUCCAAGCCGGAUUCCGGAACCCGCGAAAUUUUUUGCUUGUGGAAUUCGGAAUCCGGAAUAGAGCUCAAGGAAUCUGGAAUCCCAUUGACGAUUGGAAUCCUGAAUCCAAGUUAUAAUAAUAAUAAUAUAAUAAUAAUGAUGGUUUAUUAAAAUUCACAUGGUGGCAUAAAAACUAUGAAUUACAAUGUGCUUACAUAAGUUACAACUAAAAAUAAAAUUACAUUUGUUUCAGAGGGACUGGGAUUACAGGCUAUUUAUAAGUUAUUUACAAUUCAGAUAUAGAUAAAGGACAAUACUAGAGAUAACUAGACUCUACUGCUACUGUUACGCUAAGAUGGUAAGAGUGGCAUUCGGAUCGCACGGGAGGGAGAAGGCGGUGCAGCUGGCCAUCCGAGUUAUUUUUGAUAUUGUGCCACACUUCAGGUGGGCGCGUCUAUCAAGUUCCACUCACAAAGAUCUGGAAUCCAGUACCUGGAAUCCAGAAUCCAAGAUUGGCCUGGAUUCCUUACAUGGGGCGAUUCCAAAGGCUCGUCACCUUCAUUUCAAGUGCUUGACUUGAUGCUGUACUUCACCUAACUCCAAGUCCCAUAAAAUGCCACGGCGAAAAUUACGAUAAUAUACUUUUAAGAUGAAUCUCGAUAGCCGGACUGCCACGGUCUUUAGACUCUUGUAUGUACUGCAUGUGUUUUUGCAUCAGCCUCUCGUACUGGGUCAGGAGGCUCAUCAUCGGUCAACACCAAAUUUUCAUAAAAAUGCUAAGGAUUUUUUUAUUACAGGGAAAGCCACGUUCCAGGGAAGGCUGCUUGCAUGGGCUUUGAAAGAUAACCCGUUCACACCGCCUAUAUUCUAUUAAGAGAUCGUCGAGCGGGCUUAUGAAAAUAAAUUGAUUGAUUGAUUGAUUGAUUGAUUCAGCCAGUGAUGAAGACGACUACGAGUGACAGACGCCAUGCCUCCCCCGGUCAACUAGUGAAUAUUCCAAGCCAGUUUCAGAAGGUAGUAAAUGGUCCGGGGGGAGACAAUCUUCGAAACGUUAGCACUGUAAGUGGGGCAGAGGUGACGGCAGUGGAUGCUGGUCGUAAGCUUUACGUCACAGGUGAUAACAAGAAAGUACAACAUGCUGAGUAUCUAUUACGAAGCAAAGUGGUGAGCUAACAUAUUGUUUUUUCUUUUUUUUUAUCUGACUAUUUAGUAAAGUUUACUCACGAGAGGCUCUUGGUUCACUGAAUUGCAAAUGAUUUGAGUUUGUUAAUUUGACAUCAGUAAACGUGUUUCUGUCAAACACUUGUGCAUAGCUUGCCAUGUUUUCCUUUCAAAAUCGCCUAAGUUCCUGUUGUUCACGGGUCUUUUUUUCAGCGACGUUUCAUUACCGUGGCCGUUGUCGGAUCGUAAGGUCCCUACCGACCUAGUCCCUAUCCGUUCCCGGCUCGUUCAAUCCUGGACUCUAUUGUGAGCUGUGACGUCACCGAGAGAGACUCGCCCAACAUUUUUACCAGGGCCAGAUAGAACGCUUAGGGAAUAGCGUGGUUCCAACUUCGAUGCAGUUUUACUAGUAAAAAGAUCGAGUAGGAAAAUUAUCAACUCUUGUGCACAUUCUACUGAAAGACAUUGAUUUAUUUAUUGAUCAGAUACAUUAUUCAUAUUAAAAAUGAGUUAAAUAAUUAAUUAAUCUCGAUCGGAAGGCAGGUCCCGUAACAACUGAUUGUUCCGGCUCCAAGGGCGGAUUUAGGAGGGGUACAAACUUAAGUUCACUGGUGAAACUAUUUUACAGCCAGACAUUUCCAGCCAUUUUCGCUAGUACACCGUGUAUUAUUUUCUAGUAAAUCUAGUUAGUUAAUAAUUUAUCAGCCAAAGAGUUUAAGAUAUCGUUUAGCAGCGCAGUGUACAAUACAGAUUACCAUAAAUUAACGGUCCAUGCUAAAAUUUUUCACCUUUUGAAUUUUCAGGCCGCUUACCGAUUCAAAGCCCAAAGAAUAUGCGUCUACAUUGAUGAACGCAAUCUUCCUGAAGAUGGUGAACUGAAACUUUCUUUAGUGGAAGGAAACGCACGUGCGGUAUUGCCCAGGGCGCAAUUGCAGUAUCGACUAAAGCCUGCCUAUGGAUACGAACUGCCUUGUCAGGUUUGAAAACUAUGCUCCUUGCAAAGAAAAUAACACACAAUUUACAGGUUUGCUCUUACGUUUUUGCUAUCUGAAGUAAAAGCCUAGGGUAGGUGCCGAUUACCCAGUUCCAGUCCAUGGGGAGGGACUCUCUUACGAAAGGGGCGGGGAGGUUCUUCUUUCGAAAUGUAAAUUGCAGAAUUUGAUACCGAUUCACAGGGUAUUGAAGACGUCGAAAAGCUUUUAGUUGGAAAGGAAAUGAUCGGAUAACUUAAAGGGAUCCUGAAAUAAUAGCGAAAAGGCACACAGGUAUUGCUUAGGGCCAAGAAGAAAGGAAGAAGAAAUAAGCUCUUAGCCUUUAUCUUGUUUUCUGGUUUUUUAUUGGUAUCACUUAGGGGCCAAAUAAAACUUUAGACAUGCCUAAAUUUGUUUCCUUUGACUUCGUCCAACGAGAAUCUCCGCACUUUUUUCCCCGGAGUCAAGCUCACCAACACCUUCUCCUUCCCGGGUCCAACGUUUGACUUUGACCGUAACACGGUUUUCAGUAAAGAUCGCUAACCCUCAGUUUCUUUGGCAAGAGAUAGGUGGUAUGUAUCAAGUCUUCUUUUCCAACUGCAGGGAGCGAGUAAGCUAAACCAAGAAUCGAGCUAUGAUGAUAGCUUAAAGGAAAGGGCUCUGUUAUCUCUUCGAGAAAUUAAAAAGGAAAUCGAUGCAAGAAGCUUUCACAAGGCAGACAUGUGGUGCCAUUUCGGAACGGUCAUCAUUCGUGACCCUGAUGAAGGUGCGUUAGUGUACUGUUAUAAACUUCUUUUAAGAAGGUCCUUCUUGUAGGUUUUGAAAUUCAAUCUGACUGUUUAUUGAAUGCAAGAGAAUUUAGCUUCCGGAAUCCUGGCCGUUUAGAAUCCGGAAUACAGCUCAUGAAAUCCCGAAUCCAAAUUCCACUGACAAAAAAUUGGGAAUCCAGUACCUGGAAUUCCCGGCGUGGAAUCCAGGAUCCAGGACAUUCCUUGAUUCCCUAGUCUGCUACACAGCCGUUUUAGUGUCGUCACGCAGUGGGGAGGAACGUUGCGUGACGACAUGCACACUAAAAACGGCUGUGUAGCAAACUAUGGAUUCCCUGACAUGGGUCGAGAAAGAAAUUCACAGAAAAGUGUGGUUCACGUUCAGAAUUGUUGUUUUGCUUUCCAUUGCCGUUGCUGUCCAUGCACGUUAACCUAUUUUAUUUUAUUUUUUUGAUUUUAUCAUGGCGGCUAUCUUGCCUUCUCAGCCUAUGGCCCCAUAAAUGAUAUGUCUUCAGUUUGUGCCUUGCCUAUAUUAAGUGUCCGACUGGUUUCUUCUCUUUACAGCGGAAGUAGAGAAUACUUGGAGCAUUGAUGAAAUUCUGAAGAAGGUUCAGUCAACUUCCACAAGACGCAACGAGUGGCGAGUAGCAUUUAAAGAAGGUGUAAACAUCAGUGAGAGAGUGAUACAAGACACAUUCGGUCAACAGGAUGAACAGGAUUAUAUCGCAAGAUAUGAUUUAUCAUAUUUAACGCCACGAAGUCAGCCAAUAAGAUGCAAAGUAAGGAAACAAAUUAAAUGUUUUUUUCUUUUGGUUUACUCGCCACUUGCCCAACACCCUUGUAUUCUCUUUGACAAAGAUAAAUCUAUGGAAGAGUAAUGAUUUUACUCAGCAACAGUUCGGUUUCAUAUGAGAACUAACCCCGCUAUGCACAAGUCUUCGUAAUCAUGAGUUGGGUCAACUCUUGACUUUUAAUGGAUCUUAACAACGCCUGGAUCUGUGCCGUAUUAUUCUCAUUUGUGAGAUUUCUAAUGUUGUUCGACGUAGAAACGUUUUUCUUGACGCCACCUUGACUAUGUUUAAUUUCUGUCCUCCUGCUGCGUUAGGUUUGGGUGGCAAGAAGGGGAAUUGGGAAGAAGCUAGACGAAAUACCAAUACCUUUUAGCGACGUAAAGAACAUUGUAGAAGAGUUGCGUUUUGAAGACGAAUUAACUAGAUCAAGAUGUCGAGGAUGGCUUGUUUUGCAAUCCAAAAAGUUUCUUCAAGCUGACAUCAUAUUUCCUGGAUGCAACAUCGAUUGCAGAGUCAGCAUACGAGCAUUAACAGGUGAUCAAGUUUUUGUCGGUUCCUUAAUCCCUUUUAGUAAAAUCAAACUAGUGGUCUAUUAUCAAUGCUGCGUUCUGAUUGGUUGAGCUACUAGCUCACUAGUAGCGCAAACCGUCAGCUUUUUGGCGGCAAAAAAGGCUUAAAGUCUAGCUUUAACUAGCUAAAGUUGUUUUGUCGCGAAAUUUUUGACCAACUAGUUGGAUUUUUCUAAAAAAAAUUAUUCCUCUCGCCCGAAUGGACUCUGAGUCAAUAGCCCAUUUGGCCUUCGGCCUCAUGGGCUAUUGACUCAGAGCCCAUUCGGGCGAGAGGAAUAAUUGUAAAAUAGUCCUUAAAAAAGUUCCACUAUAAUCAAAAUGUCCUUUACAGUCGACUCCCGAUAAUUCGAACCUUCUUGGAAUAUUGAAAAUAGUUCGAAUUAUCGGGAGUUCGAAGAAAAUGACCGGAAAUAAGGAAAUAAGCAAGAUGGAUGGGAGGAAAUGCAAGUAUCAUGCAUACUUCACUUCAAGAGCAGUAAGAGAUACAGAUUGAUAUUUGAAAAAAUAAAUUUAAUGAUAGUGAUAAUAAGCAACAAAGCUUGAUUAAUAGCAGGGAUGGACACGGAAUUUGCGUACGACUACGACGUGAAAAUUUUUCUUUCUCUUUCUAAACUUGAGUGCGGUCCCCAAAAAUUCAACUCCAGGGAAAUUCGCUUACUUUCGACCUUUUCAGCGAAAUUCAAUGAAUGCGAGUACGUUUGAGAAAACGCGAAUUCAUUUUAAAGGUGACGUUUUCGCUGCCGUCGCCGUCGCCGUCGCCGUCGUUUCCCUAUUAGGGAACUUAAGAUAGAGACGUUUUCGGGGCGACGGCAACUUCAACCGGACGUGACAUCAUCAUUUGUUGGAUAUUGCGCAUGCUCGUGCUCACCACCUUGCCGUCGUGGUCCCGUCGGCGACGUGAAACUGGUCUGUUUGGCGUUGUGGCGAAAACGUGAGUAUUUAACUUUCAUUUCAAUCAGGUUUGUUGCGUUUAGCAACCAACAUUUUGCAGAUUAUCGUUCUUAAAUUGUCCUUGUUUUCUUUGAGGCACAUUUCAAGCUCGAUUUCCAAGCUCUGUUAUCUAAACUUUAAUACAUCUUUGAAUGUUUCUAUGUUUUCAUGUCACAGGGUCAAGAUCCAACUUGGCAAACAGCCAACCGUAAGUGAGCUUGACAUGGGACAAAAUUUUCCCACGAGCCAAGUAAAAGUAUCCAGACAAAAAAUAUGAACUCCGAUAUUUCAAUCGUGUGUUUUUAGUUCGCUCUUUUCGUUAGAAUAUCGUAAAAAUGAAGCGCAUUGAAAAUUAUAUAGAAUAGUAGGUAAUACCAUGUACUAACUCGGCGUGGGAAUACUGAAAUAAAGUUGUUGCCGUUGUUUUUGUUGUUGCAUGCAAGUAUUUCCCGGGAAUUAUUUCAAUACCAAACUAAGAAUACGGUUCCUUGGUAGCAUUUUAAUGUUCCUGUAAUUUGCAAGGCUUCGGCAAGCCUGCGGAGAUCAUUUUUUUUCAACACGAAAUUCUGCCUUGAACUCAGCUGCAUCCCGCAUGUUUUUUAGCUUUAACGGAUCGUAACUGUCCCGAGGAAAAUCGGGAUUUUUGGACUCAUAAUUUUCCCACAAAACGAGAAACUCUUCAUCCGAUACAUGUUGUCUGCAUAGCAAAUAUUUAUUCUCUUAAUUCUUUAUGUGAAGCCAUAUUUUCCUCUUCGGUAUUCUUCUAAUUAAAGGCGCCGUCCUUCUGAGUUCACUGUGAUCUUAAUGUUCCAUUUUUGACGGGGAGCGACGGCUGCCUUAGUUCCAGGUUUUCUCUGCCAGUCCGGUCGCCGUCGCCCCGAAAACGUCUCCAUCUUAAGUUCCCUAAUGUCUUUGGCGAAACUUUUCAGCGAGAGGCAUAGUACUGUGUGAAGUAAUCUUGAGGUGCGAUCAGAGGUGUAAUAUUUCUAAAAGAGAGAAUGAGCGAACCCAUUCUCUCUUCUUAUCUGUGUCAAUAAACUAUGGAGCUUAAAGUGCAUGACUAGACUACCUACUCAUUCAUGUUUUCCAAUCAUCUUUGAUUAUUCACAGAGGAUGCUUUUCUCGAGGCAAACGGUGUACACGAAAGAGAAGCAACUACUCUUUUGUCAAAAUAUCUUUCCAAAUUAAAAUUCACUGAUGCACAAGGACUGGUACUUCCGCGUGAGAAGUUACCCCAGGGGUAUCUUUUUAACCAUAGGCGGUGCUCGAAACGAACUCGAUACACUCCACGUCCAGGAUUCUCUAUGAUUGUCUCCAGAGAAGUCACUUGGAUCAGUGACGGCAACGAGGAGGAAACAAGAAAUACUGUAAGGAAAACCUUUAGUUAUUUUUUGAAGGAUAGUUUGUUCCCCGUUGAAUUAGGCUUGUUGAUUAAGUCAUUUCAAGUCAAGUCGACAUUAAAAACAAAAAUGUGAAUAGCUGGAUAGGAUUUUUUUGAAUCCGUUCACAAAGCCUCGAAAUCAUAAGCCAAUCGGCGUACAAUUUUGCUCACUAAGGUUACAAAAUUUGUUUUUCAGACUGAUAUUCAUUUACAUUGUGACGAAUGGGAUGAAGCACUAAGUGGUGAAGACUGGGAACCCGAAAUGAUCGUGGCAAAACUCCCUGAAUUUCUUAAUUUUGUUCGAGACGUACAAGACUUUAUUUCCUUUAAUUACAAGUGA